CACGAUCUUGCGAACUCGCAAGAUCCCCAAGACCAUGUCACUUGCUGCGCCAUGGUGAUCCAAGUGAUCUAUGACGUGGCCUGCCCGGUGUGUUUGCGCGCCAUCCAACUGGUCACUUUCCGUGAGGAGACCUUCAGGAGCUCGGGCGUCGCCUCCACCGUGCAGCUGAGUCCGUGGCCCUCUGGGGCGGCGGAGGACGUGCUUCGAGGUGUGGCGGGACCCGGGCGACCGGCGUCCUUGAAGCAAAAGGUUUGGGCAAAGUUGCCCAGCGGGCUGAUCUUGCCCGAGAAUCAGGAUGAUCCCAUGCGGCUCAUCUACGAGAUGGAGUAUUUGGCAUUCGUCCGGCUUCCAACAGCUUCGAUGUUGGCCAGAGUGGACGGCGUUGCCCUGCUGCCGCUUCAGCGUGCGCGGCAGAAUGCCCAGGCGUCGGUGCCUCGUUGGUGGUCCUCCCCCGAAAGCUUGCGCCUUUGCGCGACGGCACUCAAGGAGGAGAACUUUGCAGUGCUCGAUGGCUUUCUGCCCGAGGAGGUCUGCCAGGCCCUGGCGGAGGGCGCCAAACGCUCCCGGCCGAGCAUGGUGCGGGGCGCCACCGGCGCCGCCGCGCGCGUUAGUCCGGGGCAGGACUUGGCCAAGGUGCUAAAUCAGCCCAGCAGAGGUGAUGUCGUCAAGUUUGCAGACGAGGGGCAAAUGCCCGGCUGCCAAGAUUUCCUCGAUGCCUUGGAUGCCCUUGUGGACGCUUUGAAGACCUCCGACUCCGUGGAGGUCAGCGUGCGACAUCGCUUGAGCUGCGUCGACUGGGCCAACAGUGCCAUGUUUGCCAUUUACCCUGGAGGCGCCUCCAGGUACAUCAAGCACGUGGACAACACCUUGGGCACCGAUGGCCGCCGCUUGACGGCCGUGCUGUACUUGAACCGAGAUUGGUGCGAGCAGGACGGCGGUUGCCUGCGGAUCUUUGAGCCGACGAUGCAGAGCUGCCAGGUGAAGCGGGAUAUCGAGCCGCUGUGGAAUCGCCUAGCCUCGCACUUGGCUCGGGUGGUCUUUUGGUCGACCCAAGAAGUGCCUCACGAGGUGCUCUCCAGCUACAAGGACCGCCUGGCGGUGAGCGUGUGGUUCAUCGACGGUGCGGAAUCCCUGCGGAGCCGGGAGCCCUUCGAGCGGCUCUUUUCCCCGAAGCUGAGGUGCUUGGGCGACCGGCGGCAGUGCUUGCUGAAAGCAGCCAAGAAUGAGGAUGAGAGGGCCGUCCUGGCCGCGCUGCCAUUGGAAGCCACGCACGGCUUCUCGGAGGCGGAGCGGCGUCGCUUGGCCAGGCUCUUCGGGUGGCGAACUGAAGAGGACGUGCAGCGCGAGCUGGACACCGCGCAGGACCGUGCCAUCCGCAGUGCCUUAGAGAAGGCACUCCAGGGCGGGCAAACACCUGCAGAGGCCUUCGGUGUGAAGGCGUUCGCUCCAAAGAAGCCGCUGCACUUUGAGAUUGUGGACGAUGAGAUCAUGAUGCGCGAGAGGCCGAAGUUCGGCCUUGCCGACUGA